AUGAAAAGAUUUUCUUUAAGCCUUCGUUCUUUAUCGGAACAGCAUUUACUGACUCGCUCAUCAUUAUCGCAAUCUUUGAAAUUUGAAAAUAAUUUAUGGAAUAUUUCAAAAGCAUUACAGUAUUCGGGUCGAGUGGAGAAGAAAUUUAUUUCAAAUGAAACCCAAGAUAUGAAGAGUUAUUAUCAUGAGAGGUGCAUGAAUCACUUGUUGAGUCUGUGCCAAAAUUGUGGAAUUAUUCCAGGAAGUAAUUUAUCAGCUUUGGAAAUGUUGAGAAAGAAACUUGAAAAGAAUGAUAGCAUGGGAUUGAUUUUUAAUUGUUUUUGUCCUUUAAAUGUAACGAAAGAGAAAUCGGAAUUGGAAUUUAUAGAGCUUAAAUUUAUUACAGACUUUUAUUUCUUUUUGUUUAGCAUUGAUGAUCGAAUCGAUAAUUGUAUCAAGAAUGAAGAGGAUGUGAAAAAGAGAGACAACUUGUUGGAUCAUUGCAUUAAGGCAUUGAGAAGCAACCGAUUCAAAAACGAUCAUUGUGAAGAUCUAUUUUCGAAACAAAAUGUAGAUCCUCAUGUGAAAUAUAUUUCACAUCUUAUGUGCGAGUUGCAUCAAAUUACUAGCAACCAGCGUGUCAUUGAUCGAUUCAUUACUGAAAUGGAGAACUUUUUCAACAUUGGUAUUAGACAAGGAGAUGACAUUUCUGAAACUCCUGAGCAAUAUCUUGAAAGACGGCUUUAUGAUAGUGCCACGUUUUGUGCAGCUCCUAUCAUUGAGCUUUGUGCGACAGAAAAUGGAUCUGGAUUAAGCAUUGAAGAAUACCAAACACAUCGAUCUCUCUUUGAAAAAGCAGAAAGAUUGUGUAGUUUGGUUCUUUCUCUUGUGAAUGAUUUACUUUCCUAUCACAAAGAUGUCUUGCUCCCUCAUGACUACAAUGUACUUGGCGGAGAUAUUAAUUUGUCGUAUCUACAAGUAUUACUAAAACACUCUCGAGGAAUGACUCUUGAAGAAGCAUCUCGAAUCUGUCUGCGUGAUAUUGCACGCUACAGACUCGAAUUUGAUCAACUCGUUCAACAGCAACAACAACCUGAAUCAUCAGCAUUGAGCCAUCACCAAUUUUUAUAUAUUAAGGCACUAGAAAGAUAUAUGGACGAGCUAUGCACAUGGAUGUGUCAUUCCAAACGCUACAGACAUCCUAAUCAACCCUUCGAAGAACUUCGAAUGUAA